CGGAGGAGAGGAAGCAGCGGAGGACAACAUAACAGAGGAGAGAGAGAAAAGAAGUUCUGAGAGUCGGGGGAGGAAGGGAGCUGCAGUGGAGCCAUGGAGCAUUCAGACCUCCACGUGAAGGGAAAGUCCAAGAGGAAGAGGAGGAGGAGGAGGAGGAGUGAAGGCAAAGAACGAGGCGAAAUUCUGUCAACCCUCACCGGUCCAGUGCGACACUGGGAGACUGGAGCUUCAUCAGCUGAGGAUGCAGACAACUCAAGCACGAGCAGUUUGGAGGUGAAGGAGAAUCAGGAGGAUAAAAUCCAGGUGGACUGUGACCUACUGAGAAAGUUCCAUCCCUCAGCUUUCUGCCCGACGUUCCCCAGACGCAGAGCGAGGGCCACGAAGAGGAAGCAGCCGCUGCUGGAUGGAAAAGACCGGCUGCUCUGCCAGAGCCACUCGACCUGUAAACGAGCCUCGUGGGCCGUCACUCAGAAGAACGCUCUGGUGCAGCUGAACGAGCUGCGACCCGGGCUGCUCUACGAGGUCGCCUCAGAGACCGGUCCUCUGCACGCUCCGGUGUUCUCAGUCGGCGUGGAGGUCAACGACCUCCGCUUCGAAGGUCGAGGGCCGACCAAGAAGCAGGCGAAGAUGAGGGCCGCGGAGCUCGCUCUCCGCUCCUUCGUCCAGUUCCCCAACGCCUCCCAGGCUCACACCGUGAUGGAGAACUUCACCGGGUCACCCACGGACUUUACAGCAGAUAAACUGGACAUCCUCGAUGGAUUCCUCCAGGAGUCGGAGCCAUCACUGUUUGGAGAUCUCCUGAGAGGCAACACAGGAAAACAGGAGGUUUUCUCCAGCAUCUACAACCACAAGCGACUCGUUCAUCUCACACUGGACUUGGUCUCCUCAGCAAACCCCAAGAGACGAGCCCUCUGCACCGCUCUGCUAGAGCGCCUCAGCCCGGUGGCGCUGCUCAGCGAGCUGCAACCAGGGCUCAGGUACAUGUGUCUGCUGGAGAGAGCUCAGGGCAGACUGAUGAGGAGCUACGUCAUGGUUGUUCGGGUGGCGGGGGGGGUGUUUGAAGGGUGUGGUCACAGUAAGAGACGGGCGAAGGCGCAGGCGGCAGCAGCUGCUCUACAGUCUCUGUACAACAUCAGCCUGGGACCAGAGAAGAAGGUCAUGGGCCUCCAGAGCAGCAGAACCAAAAACCAGCUCCCUCAGUUCUUCGCGGCGUCCAUCUUCCACCUGGUGAGAGAGAAACACGCCGAGUUGAUGGUGGGCGGUUCCUCCUCCUCCUCUCCCGCUCGCCACAAGGCGCUGUCGGGAAUCGUGAUGACCAGAGGCUUCGACCUCAGAUCUGCCCACGUCGUGUCUCUGGCCACGGGGGCGAAGUGUCUGGACAACGCGAGCGACCGCGACUCGAUGCUCGGCGACUGUCACGCUGAAGUUCUCAGCAGGAGAGCGCUGGUUCGAUUCCUGUACUCUCAGCUGGAGCUGCUGCUCUGUGAUCCGGCAGACGGCGAGGAACAAUCCAUCUUUGUGCCAAACGAAGGCGGCGGCUUGCGGCUGCAGGACGGCGUCUUCUUCCACAUGUACGUCAGCUCGUCCCCGUGUGGAGACGCUCGACUCAACUGCCCCUACGAGACCAGUGCUGCCUAUCCCGGCCGGAGGUGUCGCUCUCACCUCAGGGCGAAGGUCAACGGGGGGGAGGGCACGCUGCCUGUCACGGCACGAGGAGCCAAUCAGAAACGGGACGCUCUGUCGAGGGGGGGACGUCUGGUCACCAUGUCCUGCACCGACAAAAUGGCAAAGUGGAGCGUGGUCGGCCUCCAGGGGGCGCUCCUGUCCCACCUGGUGGAGCCGGUCUACCUGCACAGCCUGACGGUGGGGACGCUGAGCCACACGGGUCACCUGGGCCGAGCCCUGAGCCGGCGCCUCGAGGCCGUCAAGCACCUCCCCUUCCCCUACCGCCGCCGGCAGCCGCUGCUCAGCUGUCUGAGCGAGGUGCGGCCGGGGGGGAAGGCCCCGAGCGUCAUCCUGACCUGGAGCCGAGGUGACGGAGGCCCGGAGGAGAUCAGCACCUCCUCGGGGAGGAGGCGGGACUCCGGGACGCCAUCGCAGCUCAGCAGGAGCUCGCUGUUCGACCGCUGGCGGGGGGUGCAGCGUCAGAUAUCGGGCGCAGGAGCCACAACCGGGACGUACACCAGCUCCAAGCUGAGCGCCGGACGCUACCAGGGGGCGCUGCAGCAGUUCACCGGCUCUCUGCAGGGUGCCGGCCUCGGGACGUGGCUCCGGAAACCUCCACAGCCGGGCCGGUUGCCCGUCAGCAAGUGAGCUGCUGUGUUAAACGCUGAAAACGGAAGGUCAGCCUGAAGGUCAGGGUGAAGGUCAGGGUGAAGGUCAGGGUGAAGAUCAGGGUGAAGGUCAGGGUGAAGGUCAGGGUGAAGGUCAUGAGUUUCCAUAUCGAUGAAGCACAAAGAAUGUGACGCUUGAUAAAGAAGGAGGUUCUAUCGUACAUGGCCUCCAUUGGAAAACGUGCGACAGAAGAGACGACCAAAUUAAUUAUUUAUCGUGCAAACGGGCACAGCAGAAAAUAAGAUGUCGGCAAAAGCGAGAGCAGACUUCUGAGUGAGUAAUGUUAGCUUGUAGCCUACAGCUGCUAAUAUCAGCUCUGGAGUUGUAUUGCCGACGACUUAUUAUUUAGCUAGCCUGGUAGAAAGUCUCUAAAUGCUGCUAGAUGCGCUAAUUAGCAUAUUGGGGACAUUGCUUCGUCUGUGAGUUUCCGAUAAAACAUUUUUUGUUUGAGUGAGAAAUGGUGAUUGAAACCCAGAGACGCAAAGAUGGACGACGCGUCUCAGCUUCCUCCCGUUGGACAAACAUGAUACAGGCCGUGUCCCAUCUGCUGACAUGGUGGAGGGUUCAUGCACAAAGCCACCAGGGGGCGAACCAGAUGAUUUAGCUUCUCUUCUGAGGAUCAAGUCGAGUUGUUCUUCUAGUCUUUAAUCUGCGCUGCUAAGAAUCGUCUAACCGUGGUGUUCCUUGAAAGAAUCACCUCCUACUUGAUCUAAAGAAAGCAUUUUGGCUGUUUUCAGCUAUUUUUACACGUAAAACAACUUCGGACCAACAAGCUUACCCUAACCCUAACCCUAUCUUUUAGUUUAAACUUUAGUUUUCUUAAACGUUGUUAGAUUUGGAGUUUUUUUUUAAAGAAAGUCACUGGUGGGUUUAAAUCGUCUGGAUAUCGAGCCACAUGUUGGUUAUGAUCUGCUCUGGAGGCUAAUGCUCUAGCUAGCUUAAACCUCAACCACCGUGGUAUCACCAAUUAGCUAGAGUUUUUUAAACAGGCACUAAAUAUCGUCUUACCGCUCAGCCACGGAGGCGUUAGUUAGUUUGUUAGCUAGCAGGAAAAACCAUGGAACUGAUUUCAAAGAUGUUUGGUUGAACAUGGUGAGAUACGGCACUCGGAGCGAUACGCCUCUAGUUUCAUGUUAAUUAAACCGUAGAAAUGAAAUCCUAAAUAAACCAAAUAAACUGGAGGCACACGAAGAAGAAGAAGAAGAAGAAGAAGAAGAAGAAGAAGAAGAAGAAGAAGAAGAAGUAGAAGAAGCAUUGGCGUGAAAAUGCUCUAAAGUCAGUUUAAAAGAAACAUAAGGAACAUUUUGCUAAUAUCAACAAUCGGACUCAGAGAGAUCCUCCUGGUGUGUUCUAAUGAAUGUGACUGAAGGGUCAAAGGUCAUUUCUGCUGUUAAAUACCCAAAGAAAAACCAGUUUAACUUCCAGUUUGAUCUUCCAUCUACUUUUAAACCUGUGAGGACCCUUAAGAUGAAUCCUAUUUUAGUGUGUUCACUUUCUUUUUGAAAAUGUUCGUUGUGUUGUCGGUACUGUUUAUCCUACAUGGUUGUGUCGCUCAUCGUUUCAAUUGUGUUGCUUUUGUUUUCACCCUCAUGCAUUUUGAACAGUGAUUUAAUGUGCACGUGCUGCCACCUACAGGGAGCUUGUGCGCAUUACAGGAUGUGCAGUCCAGACCAAACCUAAGAAAAUGGUUUUAAAAUGUAGUUUCUUCCCUUUAUAUCAUUUUAAUGACAAAAGGUAAUUUGUUUAUAAGUUGUGUUCUAUGUCCUUCACCUCUGAAUGUUUCUGUGAAGGUUUCCUGAGGAGAGAAAUGUACCAGAGGAUUUCUACUGAACGCUGGUUCAUUGAAAUGUGAACUUUCAUUAUUCGGUACGCAGAGAUUAUGUAGUUUAUAUUGCUCAUGAGUAUUUUUACCAAAUAAAUGUAUUUAUUUGUGA